CCUCAGCCUUUGUGUCCUUCCCUGAGCCUGAGCAAUUGCUGCUGAACCCUCCACUCCCCUUGGAACUCAGCUGGGAUCGCCGCUAUUGUCGCCUCGUUUUCAGCUACACCAAGGGAAACUCGGAGGCUCCCAUGGCCACCUCCUGCUGCCUGCUGCUGCUGCUGCUCCUCGUCCAGCCCUGGGCGGGGACCAGUGCCGACAAGGAAGCUGUGGUCUGUGCAGAAGCUGCCUGCUACACGGCCCACUGGGGCAAGCUGACCGCAGCCCAGGCCCAAGAUCACUGCAGUCAGAAUGGGGGCAACCUGGCGUCCGUGAGGAAUGAGGAGGAGGCACGGCACAUCCAGCAAGCCCUGGGCCAGCUCCUGAAAUCAGAGGCACUCCUGGAAACUCGGAUAGGCAAGUUCUGGAUCGGACUCCAGCGUGAGAAGGGCAAGUGCCUGGACCCUGACCUGCCCCUGAAGGGCUUCAGCUGGCUGGGCGGUGGGGCACACACAGACUACACUAACUGGCACAAAGAGCUGAGGGGCUCCUGUGUCUCCAAGCGCUGCGUGUCUCUCCUGCUGGACCUCUCCCUGCCACCCCAGGCCAGCCGCCUUCCCAAAUGGUCUGAAGGUCCCUGUGGCUCCCCUGGAUCUCCUGGAAGCAACAUCGAGGGCUUCGUGUGCAAAUUCAGCUUCAAAGGCAUGUGCCGGCCCCUGACUUUGGGGGGCCCAGGCCAUGUGAAUUAUACCACCCCCUUCCAGACAACUAGUUCCAACCUGGAGGCUGUGCCUUUUGCUUCCGUUGCUAAUGUGGUCUGUGGCGAUGAGGACUCCGAGAAUGUGCUGAGUUACUUCAUUUGCAAGGAGAAAGAGCCUGAUGUGUUCCACUGGGGUAACUCGGGUCCCUUGUGUGUGAGCUCCAAAUAUGGAUGCAAUUUCAACAAUGGAGGCUGUCAGCAGGACUGCUUUGAGGGGGGGGACGGGUCCUUCCGCUGUGGCUGCAGGCCGGGAUUCCGGCUGCUGGAUGAUUUGGUGACUUGUGCCUCCAGGAACCCUUGCAGCUCCAACCCCUGCCGAGGAAAAGCUACAUGCCGUCCUGAACCCCAUGGGGAAAACUAUAUGUGCCUCUGUCCAGAAGGUUACCAGCUGGACUUUAGUCAGCGAGACUGCGUUGAUGUGAAUGAAUGUGAGAGUGGUUCCUCUUGCUCCCAGGAUUGUAUCAACACCCUUGGGAGCUUCCAGUGUCACUGCUGGAUAGGUUAUGAGCCUAUUGACAUUGAACAUGUCACCUGUGAAGAUGUUGAUGAAUGUGCCACGAACAACUCCCUCUGCAUCCAGGGCUGCGUGAACACAGAGGGCUCAUUCUACUGCACCUGCCAGGAGGGCUAUGUCCAGGGAAAUGACAGCCAGCAGUGCGUGGAUGUGGAUGAAUGUACCAGCCCAGAGGCCACACAGAAAUGUGACAGCCUGUGCAUCAACACUCAGGGAUCUUUUCAUUGUGCCUGCCACCCAGGGUGGGAACUGGCCUCUGAUGGAUUCUCCUGCAAAAUGAUUUCUGUGUCUCCAGGACUACUGGCAGGGACUUCCCAGGACAUGGGAGGAAGAGACAGCAGCUCUGUGCCUCCUGCCAUGGUGUUCAGCUCCACUAAGGACCCUGAACUCACCUCCACAGUGGCACCCAGCACAACAAAACUCUCCCUCCCACCCAGAGUACAUACCACCUCUGCUGCACCUGAGACAUUGACCCGCACUGGACUUCCUGACUUCUGGAUGGAACCCAACUCCCACGACCCCACAGCUAUCCCUGGCCACGAGGAGCCUACAGGUGGAGAUGUUGUGGCAAAGCACAGCGAUGAAGAAGGGACUGACGGGCAAAAGCUGCUCUUGUUUUACAUCCUUGGCUCCGUGGUGGCCAUCUUGCUUUUGCUGGCUCUGGCUCUGGGGCUACUGGUCUAUCGCAAACGGAGAGCAAGGAGAGAGGAGAUAAAGGAGAAAAAGCCCCAGAGUGCGACAGACACCUACUCCUGGGUUCCAGAGCGACCUGAGAAGAGGGCCAAGGAGAAUCAGUACAGUCCGACCCCCGGGAGAGACUGCUGAAGGUGGGCCCAGACACACUGCCACCAUCCUCAACAUUUUUAAGUGACUUCUUGGAAGGAGGGGAGGACCCACAUCCUUCCUAAUUCUGAACUUGAAUCUUAAUAAACUUGUAAAUUUUCACCUUAAAAUCCUGGAAACUUGGAAUGUGCAAGUGUAUGGUGUUCCAAAGAGAAAUUAUGGGUAAAAGGAGGGAGGGGGAGUUGUAAUUGUGGGAAAUUUUUGUGAUAUAAACCAUUCUUACUUAUGGUCCCUUUUCAUGACUAGUUUCAUUGACACACUGAAUCUAUAUGGGGACAUUCCAGAUCAGGUGCUCAUAUACCCCCUUUGUUGAACUGCUUCUUUGCUCACUGGAGCUCUUUAAAGGAAAAGCCUCUGAAAAUGCUAUUGAGGACCCAAAUGAUUUAUUCUUAGAAUUAUAGAGUCUAAGUCCAUCAAUUGUGUUAUGGAGGUUAUGUAUAAGAAGCUCUUUAUUUUUUCUUGUCAAAGGUGCAUAUUUGUUACUGGGAAUUUUUCUUUACAUUUUAUUCCUGGAUGUUCCCCCUCAUAUGGGGUGUGUCCUGCUAAGUCAACAUUGAAAUUCUCUAGAAAGAUCACUGUACACCGCUUAGGUGGCAAUGAGACAGGCAGUUCAGAAAUCAUAAUUCUGAGAGUUCCUAUUAGUCUUUUGUUUAUUUUCCAGGUACAUGUGAAAAGUGGAAACAAGUAGUAUGAAAUGAAUAGAAAGUGUCUUUGAAAACAUGCCAUCUAAAGGAGCUAGAGAGACUGAGGUGGUUUUAUAAGUAUUUGGAUGCAUUCAUUUAAAUGAGCUUAUGUUUAUACACAUUUACAUAUUGGUGGGAUGAUCACCCAUUGUGGAAGGAAAGGAGUCUAAAACAACUUGUGUCCAAGCCAGUGCAAUGUCAGAACAGAAGCCCAGGCUGUCCACCUCCUUUUCUGCAGCUCUGAUAGUGGGGCUUGAGUUAAAAAGGAAGAAAGCAUGAGAAGUGUCUCAUUCUGAUGGUUUCUGAAGAAAGUAUGAGGGAAAGUAUAUGCUGAGAUCUGAGAUGUAUCCUAAAGCAAUUAGCAAAGGUUACAGUCAACACUGCAUGCUGACAGCUCAAUCCUGAUUUGUGGCUGCAGAACAUAAUCUCAUUUUGCAGGAUGCCUCUUGUUGCUGUCUAGCAAUAUUUUGUCUCAUUUCUCUCUCUCUCUCUUUCUCUCUCUGUCUCUCUGUCUCUCUGUCUCUGUCUCUCUGUCUCUCUCUGUCUCUCCCUCUCUUUUUAAAGAGGGGUGUUGGAGAGGAGAGACAAGAGAUCAUAACUUAUAUCCCUUGGAACAGCAAAAAACUGUUGGAAAAAAUUUUAAUUUAGAUCUUCAACUUUUAGAGUUUAAUUGCAAACCACUCUCCUUGUUGUGUUGGGCACAUUUGCUGACUGGUUCUGUCCAGGUCACAGCAAAACAGCCAGUGAUGCCUGGUGGUUUCGACUGUUAAGAGCUGUUUGUGGAACGGGGAGGCUGGGUGGCCUGGGGACUUUCUGCAGGUACUGAGCAGGAGGAGAGACAGGGAAGUGCUUCCUGUCUGGUCUGGGAUUCCAACUUUGCUCCUCAGAUUCAGGGAACCUCAUUGUUUCUUUUGUCUCAGAAAUAUCUUUGUUCCAGAGGUCAACAUCCUGGGACUGGAAUAGCAGCCAUUUCUUAAGUAUGGCCUUAAUAAAUAAAUAAAUAUCCUUUAGAAAAAUUUGAAAUGUAAUUGUGAUUCUUUAGAUUUUUUUUUCAAGAAAAUUGAAAAGUGAAAAGCAAGGCAGGAGGUGAAGGGAAAGAUAAAGAUUUUGAGGGACUGACUCAGUAGAGUAAUUUGCAAUUUCUUUUAAAAAUUAUCUAUAUUCUUCAGCUUUUGUUUGGAAUUCUAAUAUUGGACACUUGAGGCAGAGGCUGUUCAGCCGCAGACCUUGGGAAUACUGUUAUAUGGAGAUCAAAGACACAACCAAGGACUUGACCAGGAUCUGCAGAUAUAUGAAAUAAACUCAAAUUCAGUAGCUUUAUUACACAUCUUUGAAGUAUUUCCCUGACUAUUCUUGGUGAAGGAGACACUCAUAUCAUAGAUUUUCAUCAGAAAGUCUGUCCAUGGCCCUGUAAGUCCUUGAAUUGGCUUAGGUCACCAAUGACCCAUCUCAUUUUAAUAUUCAUAUUUUUCACAUAGCACAGGAUCAUUUUCUGACUUCUGUGUACAAAAUUUACAGCCUGUCUUUGACACUGGUAGACCAUAAAUCUCUGCUGUGGAAUCCCAGGGGAUGCAUGGCUGAUUCUCUAGGGUGGAGUCAAUCCCUGCCUCCUUGCCUUGCCUCUGCGACCAGUGUCAAGAUCCUCCCAGGACAGGCCAACAGUGGGCAAUGAAUCUGGGGAGAAUUAUUAAAUUCAAAUGUAGGCUUAUUUUUCCUUGAAAUACCACUGUUAUUUGUGCCUGAAGUAGGAAAAUUCUUGUUCUGGGAUACAGGGGUAGGCGAUACAGCAGUGGAUACAAAUAUUGGCUAAUGACACACCAUCCAUUUAUCCAGAAGGGCCUCAAGUGAUAAGGGCUAUGAUAGAGCCAGGCAGGACAAAACCUGGGGAGAGCAGUGCUCUGCCAACAGUGCCCCUGGACCAGGCAGGAGCAGAGAGGUCCUGAUGUGUGCUGACCCAACCAGCUUCAGAACAGCUAAGUGAUGGAGACAGAUAAGACUCCAUGGGUAACAGACUCAAAGAGAACUUGUAUUUCCCACAGUGUCAGUAUUUCUGGGAGACUCUAAGAUAGACUAUAUUAGGGGAGAAAUAACCCCCUUCUACAUUCCAAGAUGAUAAUUGAAAGGGGUAACAUUUCCAUAACUUUGUAAUUACUAUGCCUACUCCUGAAUAGUCAUUGCUAUUUUUUCUUGCUUAUUGUUUGGAGAGGCAGGGUGUAGGAGGACUCAUUCUCCUCCCCCUACCCCCCAGGGAAUUGGAGGGGUGAGGAAAAUCAAGGAUGGUCAAUUAUCUGCAACUGCUCAGGUGUGGUAAAUGUGAUGAGAGUUCUUGGUAAGAUCACAUCAGCUCAACUAAAUAGCCUUGAGGCAAAAGCUACUUUUGCCAUUACUGAUGUUACUUUGUAUCACCUACAAAACUGUGAUGAUCCUUGACAAUCACCUGACACUAUGUACUCAUCUGAAUUUUCUCCAGAGAUUUAAGUAGGUGAAUCAACUCAAUUCUGAUUUGAGAGCUGGCUGAAGUCCCUAUGAGCAUCGCAAGACUAACUUUUACCUUAGGUACUCAUUGAUGCCAGACUUAAAAUGCUUUGAAAAGACUCAUCCCUACAUCUAUGAUUAGGCUGAAAAAGUGAAAAAAAAGUUAAAUAUGUGCAGAUAUUUUAAUAAUAAUCAUCAUAAUUUUCUUGUUCUUUUCUUGUUGUUGUUCUUCUUGUUCUUGCUCUUGUUCUUCUU